AAGGAUGUAAACAACCAUUAGCAGUGCCUAUUAGAAGGAGGGGGUCUGACAGCCGAUCAGUUCCAGUCAUUCCACAGGGAAGGAGGUACACAGCUCAUGUUGUCUGUAGUUCAAUCAUGCCUAGGCGGUCAAUACCACGAUUUGAUUGCAUCCGUAUUGUUACUUUAUGAUGGGAAGGGCUCUCAACAAGGGAAGUGUCCAGACAUCUCAGAGUGAGCCAAAGUGAUUUAAUUCAGACAUGGAGGAGGUACAAGAGACAGGAACUGUCGAUGACAUGAUGCCUCGCUCAGCCCACCCAAGGGCUACUACUGCAGUGGAUGACUGCUACGUACUAUUAUAGCUCGGAGGAACCCUGACAGCAACACCACCAGCCUGCUUCAGCUACAAGAUGUCGUGUUACGACUCAAACUGUGCACAAUUAUGCUGCAUGAUGCGUAACUUCACUCCUGAUGCCCAUGGCAAGGUCCAUCUUUGCAACCAUGACACCAUGCAGCAUGGUACAGAUGGGCCCAACAACAUGGUGAAUGGACCAUUCAGGAUUGGCAUCAUGUUCUCUUCACCGAUGAGUGUCGCAUAUGCCUUCAACCAAACAAUCGUCGGACACAUGUUUGGAGGCAACCCAGUCAGGCUGAACACGUCAGACACACUGUGCAGCGAUUGCAGCAAGGUGGAGGUUCCCUGCUGGUUUGAGGUGGCAUUAUGUGGGGCUGAUGUAUGCCACUGGUGGUCAUGGAAAGCUCUGUAACGGCUGUACGAUAUUUGAAUGCCAUCCUCCAUCUGAUAGUGCAACCAAAUCGGCAGCAUAUUGGCGAGGCAUUCAUCUUCAUGGAUGACAAUUCGCGACCCCAUCGUGCACAUCUUGUGAAUGACUUCCUUCAGGAUAAUAACAUAGCUCGACUAUAGUGGCCACCAUGUUCUCCAGACAUGAACUCUAUCGAACAUGCCUGGGAUAGACUGAAAAGGACUGUUUAUAGAUGACGUGACCCACCAACCAGUCUGAGUGAUCUACGCUGAAUCGCCGUUGAGGAGUGGAACAAUCCAGACCAACAGUGCCUUGAUGAACUUGUGGAUAGUAUGCCAUGACGAAUAGAGGCAUGCAUCAAUGCAAGAGGACAUGCUACUGGGUAUUAGAAGUACCGGUGUAAUCUGGACCACCACCUCUGAAGGUCUCGCUGUAUGGUGGCACCGGAACUCUUGGAACUGAGGUGAUGCAAAACUUUUUUUGAUGUGUAUAUUUGAAGACCGGCAGAAAUUCUGGGACAAGUGCAUCACUUUCAUGGGAG